UCUCCCGUUUCCUCUUCACGAACAUAUAUGUGCGUGUAUAUGCAUCCAUACCUCAUUCCACAAGGUACAAACCCUAAACUUGUUUGCAGAAAAGUUGAGUUUCAAUCUCUUUUGAUGGAAGCUAAGAUGGUGGUCGGAGUUGAAACAGUAGUCCCGGCAGAAAAAUCGGAAGUGUCCGUCGCCACAAGAACACCUACUACUCUCUUCUCGAACUCCGUCGUCGAUCUUGCUCGUGGUGAUCCUAUAUUGUACGAGCCAUACUGGAAAAAGAUGGGUGAUAGGUGUAAAAUGAUAAUUUCAGCAGAUGAAUUGAUGAGCUACUUCAGCAAUUCAGUAAAUCUAUGUUGGUUUUUGAUGUCGGAGCUCGACCGUGCUAUUCGGAGACUGCACCAUGUCGUCGGGAAUGCCGUUGUCGAUGAUGACCGAUUCAUCAUCGUCGGAAAUGGCUCCACACAGAUCUUCCAUGCUUUGCUCUACGCCCUCUCUUCUCCUGAUCAACCUGAACCCAUUAGUGUGAUCGCUGCCGCCCCUUUCUACUCGUCGUAUCCAAUGGAGACUGAGUUCCUCCGAUCGAGGCUAUAUAAAUGGGCAGGCGAUGCAAACCGCUUUGAUGAAGACCAAGCUUACAUCGAGGUGGUGACUUCACCGAACAACCCCGAUGGCUCAAUUCGAGGAACCGUGGUGAACCGUGAAGGUGGUAAAUGUAUUCAUGACCUAGCCUACUAUUGGCCUCAGUACACGACCAUAACACGUAAAGCUGAUCACGAUGUUAUGCUUUUCACCUUCUCCAAAGCCACCGGACAUGCCGGUUCUCGCAUCGGUUGGGCUAUCGUUAAGGAUAAAGCAAUCGCCUCCAAGAUGGUGACAUUCAUAGAGGUGAGCAGCAUCGGUGUAUCCAAAGAAUCCCAGCUUCGUGCCUCCACUAUUCUCGGAGUCAUCGCCGACGACUGCCAGAAUCCCAAGCUCAAAGAAGUAAACUUCUUCAAGCACGGGCGGCGCCUCAUGUCCAACCGAUGGAAAAAACUCCGGGAAGUGGUGAUGAAAAGCAAUGGAGUUCUCAGCUUGCCCGAGUACCCACAAGGUUAUUGCAAAUUCACCGGCAAAUACACCGAUUCAAACCCUGCUUUUGCAUGGUUGAGGUGCAAGGAGGGAUUGAACUGUGAGGAUGUGUUAAGAGAAGAGUGUGGAAUAAUGACAAGGGGAGGGACGAGUUUUGGGGUUGAAGCAACCUACACAAGGGUUAGCAUGCUUUGUUCUGAUGCAGAGUUUAACUUCAUGUUGGAAAGGUUGUCUGCUUUCAAUGGAACCCUAAAUGGAAAUUAG